UUAAGCGCGCGAUUAACUGGGGAUUCAAAUCAGUUUUGAAUCGUGUGCCGAGCGGAUCGUUCGAUUGUAUUGUUUUAGUGAAGAUACCCGAGAAUCUUGUGAGAAUGUACCAGCGGCAGGUCUCCUUCGAUAAGCCAACGCGCGUUGAGGACUCGGCUUACAUCGUCGAGGGUGUGGAUAUUAAGGAGGCCAGGAACACCUGUCUGCUGUUCUCGCCGAAGGACUCCUCGUUGUCCAGCGGAGCCUUGGCCAACAUCUUGGCCAUUUUCAAGCAGCACGACAUCAACCUGGUGCACAUUGAAUCGCGCUCCUCGCUUCGUGUCCCCGGCUACGAGUUUUUCGUGGAGGCCGAUGGAAAGUCCGGGGCUCUGGGAAAGGCCAUCGAGGAUGUGAAGGAGCAGUGCAGCUAUUUCAACAUCAUUUCGCGGGACUACAAGGACAACGCCACGGCCGUGCCCUGGUUCCCACGGCGCAUACGUGACCUGGAUCGCUUCGCCAAUCAGAUUCUGAGCUAUGGCUCUGAACUGGACUCGGAUCAUCCUGGCUUCACCGAUCCGGAAUACCGCAAGCGCCGCAAGUACUUCGCCGACAUCGCCUACAACUACAAGCACGGCGAGCCCUUGCCCCAUGUGGACUACACCAAGGAGGAGAUCGAGACCUGGGGCAUUAUCUUCAGGAACCUAACGAAGCUGUACAAGACCCACGCCUGUCGCGAGUACAACCACGUCUUCCCCCUGCUGGUGGACAACUGCGGCUUCCGGGAGGAUAAUAUCCCCCAGCUGGAGGAUGUCUCAAACUUUUUGAGAGAUUGUACUGGUUUCACUCUGCGUCCUGUGGCUGGACUUCUUAGCUCCCGGGACUUCCUGGCUGGCCUGGCCUUCCGCGUCUUCCACUCCACCCAGUACAUCAGGCAUCCCAGCAAGCCCAUGUACACCCCGGAACCGGACGUCUGCCACGAGCUGAUGGGCCACGUGCCACUCUUUGCAGAUCCAGCUUUUGCCCAGUUCUGCCAGGAGAUUGGGUUGGCCUCCCUGGGAGCUCCCGAUGAUUAUAUUGAGAAACUGUCCACUAUCUUCUGGUUCACUGUGGAGUACGGUUUGUGCCGCCAGGAGGGUGAGUUGAAGGCCUAUGGAGCCGGCCUGCUGUCCUCCUAUGGAGAACUCGAGUACUGCCUCACGGACAAGCCCCAGCUGAAGGACUUUGAGCCGGAGGUAACUGGCGUCACCAAGUAUCCCAUUACGCAGUUCCAACCCCUCUACUACGUGGCCGACAGUUUUGAGACUGCCAAGGAGAAGACCAUUAAAUUCGCCAACUCGAUUCCGCGUCCCUUUGGCGUGCGCUACAAUGCCUACACCCAGAGUGUUGAGGUUCUCGACUCCAAGCCCCAGAUAUCGAACCUGAUGGACAACAUCAACUCCGAGUUCCAGAUCCUCCAGAAUGCCAUUACCAAGCUGCGCGUCUGAUUCAAAUCGAUAUACUACAUAUGAACUACUCCCUCUCUUUAUAUAUUAUUAAGUACGAAUUGCAUAAUAAAUACCAUCCAAAAUAA